GCGGGGUCGAAGUUGACCCUGUGGAGUGGUGUUGACCUCCACAGCUGCUCUGCUCAGCUCUGAAUCAUGAAGACCCUCACGCUGCUGCUGCUGCUGCUGGCCUGUUUCUGCCACCAAAUAUCCGGGAAAGUGUUCCUGAGGAGCGCAGACGCUAACGCGCUGCUGCGGCGCUCCCGGCGCGCGAACUCGGGCUUCCUGGAGGAGCUGAAGCCCGGGAACCUGGAGCGCGAGUGUCGAGAGGAGAUCUGCGACUACGAGGAGGCGCGAGAGGUCUUCGAGAACGACGAUAAAACGAAAGCUUUUUGGCUGACAUACCAUGCCCGGGAGCCGUGCUUGACCAACCCAUGCAAAAACAAUGGGACUUGUAUAUAUUUGGGAAAGUCCUAUGUUUGCCAGUGCCUGGAGGGCUUUGAGGGAAAAUAUUGUCAAGAAGUUUUUGAAGACACUCUGAAGUGCCUGUAUCUAAAUGGUGGCUGUGAGCACUUCUGUGAUGGUUCAGGCCCCAGGCGGAAAUGUUCAUGUGCCUCGGGUUAUUCUCUUGGAGUGGACGGAAAGACCUGCAUUGCACAAGUCCAGUAUCCCUGCGGGAGGGCACCUCUUCAGAUGAAUCAGACAGAUUUACCACGAGCAGUUAGUGGAAAUCAGUGCCCUAAAGGCCACUGCCCCUGGCAGGUCCUGUUGGAUUAUAAAGGAGAAAGUCUCUGUGGUGGAGUUUUAGUGGAUGCCAGUUGGAUCAUUACUGCUGCUCACUGUGUGCAUGAAAAAGAUAUAAAUCAUUUGAAGGUUAUAGCAGGCGACCAUAAUAUUGACAUAAUGGACGGCACAGAGCAAGCUUUUCCUGUAAGCAGCGUGAUCAUCCACAAGGACUACGACCCUGUGUCAUUGGACAGCGACCUGGCUCUUUUGCGGCUACGUGAUCCAGCUACGUUUUCACCUCACGUUGUCCCUGUCUGUUUGCCAACAUUCCAGUUUGCUGAGACAGAGCUAGCCGCUGUCCGCUUCCAUACUGUGAGUGGAUGGGGCCAGCGGACAGAAGGGGGUAACGUCCGGGGCUUUCAGGGUCCCAGAGGCCCAGUUUCCCCUGUGCUACGCAAGCUUGCUGUACCAAUCUUGUCCAAGCCGCUGUGUGCUGUUAAGAGUGGGGUUAAUAUCACUGAUAACAUGUUCUGCGCUGGGUAUUUUGAGGGCAGUCAGGAGUCCUGUCGAGGAGAUGACGGCAGCCCUCUAGUCACUAAGUAUGAAGACACUACCUUUCUAACAGGGAUAGUGUCCUGGGGUAAGGGCUGUGCCCAUCCAGGAUUCUAUGGGAUAUACACCAAAGUUUCCAACUUUUUAGAUUUCAUUCAGCAGGGCAUAUCCACUCCAGCUGCCAAGCUAGACACACUCAGCACGAGUCUAAAUGCUUCAGUCACAGCAGCUCCUCCUCUUGAACAGGCAAAAAAAAAGAUUAGACCUCCUGUGUCUGCAGUCCAGAAUUCACUCCUCUCUUAUAGAAACGCGCCUUGUGAUAAAAAACUUGCCAUGUUUUGCAUUUUGAAAUCCUUCUUUUUUCUUCUUCUCGUACAUUGUGCCACUUCUGAGGUAUUCCUCCAGGACAAGGAUGCCAACCAGGUCUUUACUCGGAAGAGACGAGCUAACAGCGUGUUUGAGGAGUUUAAAAAGGGUGACAUGGAGCGAGAGUGCAGAGAAGAGAGGUGCAGCUAUGAGGAGGCCCGCGAGAUCUUCGAGAACAAUGAAAAGACGGAUGAGUUCUGGAAUGUUUACUACGACGGAGAUGCAUGCCUAUCCCAACCAUGUUUCAACAAUGGUGUUUGCAAAGAUGGAAUAAAUAAAUAUAUCUGCUUCUGCCCUGAACUGUUUCAGGGCUACAACUGUGAGAUUGUUAUACCAAUGCUGUGUGAAGACAAGAACGGUGGUUGUGAGCACUUCUGCAAUGUGGAGCGCAAUACUGCAGUCUGUUCAUGUGCCAAAGGCUACAAACUGGCUCCUGAUGGAAGGUCUUGCAGAUCUGAUGAUCCCUUCAAAUGUGGUCAAGUGCUUCCCAAGAACACCCGAAGUCUCCUCACACAUCAUGAUGUGGAAAACAUCACUGUUACUACCAAUAGCACUGGCCAUCCCAACAUCAUAAAUAGUACCAAAGAUUCUGCGAAAUCCCCCACCAAAAAGGCAGCCUCAAAUUCCACUCAGACAGAUCCAGAUAGCUUGUUUAGCUUGCUUGGGUUUGAUGAAGAUGAACUCAGUUCACAUGUAAUAGAGGAACCAGUGAUUCCAGAAAGGUCUGGUGACACAAGGAUUGUCAAUGGGGAAGACUGUCAACCUGGAGACUGUCCGUGGCAGGCCCUGCUGGUGAAUGAGGAGAAAAUCGGAUUUUGUGGAGGGACCAUCCUGAACACAUACUUCAUUCUGUCUGCUGCCCACUGCAUGAACCAGUCUCGCUCCAUCACAGUUAUUCUAGGUGAAUUCGACACCCUGACCAGAGAAGGCCGUGAGGUGACCCAUGCAGUCGACCAGGUUCUGGUCCACAUGAAUUACGUCCCCGAAACCUACCACAAUGACAUCGCUCUCAUCAAGCUAGUCAAGCCCAUCACCUUCACCAAAUACAUCCUCCCCGCCUGCCUGCCUGAACGCGACUUUGCAGAGCGUGUGCUCAUGCAACAAGAAGACGGCCUGGUCAGUGGCUUUGGCCGUGUCUUCGAGGGUGGCCCACAGUCCACCAUCUUGCAAAAGCUGACUGUGCCCUACGUCGACCGAGCCACCUGCAUGGAGUCCACCAAGUUCAAGAUCUCUAAUCGCAUGUUCUGCGCUGGUUAUGACCAAGAGACCAAAGACGCCUGCCAGGGCGACAGCGGCGGACCGCAUGUCACCAAGUACAAAAACACCUGGUUUGUGACGGGGGUGGUGAGCUGGGGUGAAGGUUGUGCUCGGAAGGGAAAGUACGGCGUCUACACGCAGGUGUCCAAGUACAUCAAGUGGAUCGAGAUGGUCAUGGACAAGGUCAUGCCCAAAACAGGAGCUUCAGGAAAGGCAAGAAAGAAGAGACAGGUCCUUGGGUAUAUGCCUGUGAUACCAAUGUGAUAGAAGUUCAUCCACAAACUGAGACACAUAUAAGAGAUGCAUGCAAAUCAAUUAAAUAACAACUAAAUAAAGAUUCUUUAUUGAUUCA